AUGGAUCCUACGAAACAUAAUCAGAUGGCUUCGAUGCAUAGCUUAGAGACACGAGCCGGUAUGGAAAAGUCGACAAGCCAAGGCUUCCUUCCCCAAAAGACACCAAUGCCAUGGGCAUUGAUGGAAUUCUACGGGAAUGACGCUUCACAACCAUGGGUUCCUCCGGGAAUCAUCCCCGAGUCACAUCAAGGCCAACAGUUGAACGUCUCAGGCGAUCCGCGGCGCCGUAAUCACGCUGUCUUCAACGGCGGAUGGAGAAGUCCUCUUCCUUCAGAUUGCGGUACCAUGCCACAAGGCUACCUGCCUUCUGACUCUGGUUAUGAGAGUCGGACCAAGCACAGCGUUGAGAACGCAUCCGUCUUCAACGAUGUGGAUCGAAGCCAAGAUACUCACAGUAUCUCGGGCCAAUUGAUGGACUUUCAAUUGAGCGCAACGCCUACUGAGCCUCAAUGGAACUUGGCGACUGCUCACAUGUCAGUGGCACACCAUGGCGCGGCCGAUAACAAGCUGGUUUGUGACCACUGCCGUGCUCCCUGUAAGACCAAGUCGGAGUUGAACAAACAUCACCAACGUCAUCAGAAAGCUUUCAAGUGUGAUGUUCAAGGAUGUACCCGUAUAGAGGGUUUCGGCACCCAGAAUGACCUUGAACGACAUAAGGGAAGUGUGCAUCCCGAGUUUUUCAGCUCCGGUCCGCGAUACCGCUGCCAGAGGGAUUCAUGCGCAACGAAGACCAAGAUAUGGCCUAGAGCCGAUAAUUUCAGGCAACACUUGAAGCGGGUGCAUUCUAUAACCCACAAUCCCGAGGAUGACCUCCGCGAAUAUGUUCUUCAAACUACCCAGAAGUCGUUGGGAGAAACCUAUCAUCAAAGCACACAAGACGUCCUCGAAGGUGUGGGCGUGGGCUCAGAGGUGUUCUAUCAUACUACUCCGAUAUCCUGGGGGGAUGGCCCAUCGCCCAUGUAUGACGAUGUUCAACUCUCCCCGCAGGAUUCAGUGGGCGGCAUGGAGAUCAACCUCAUCAACCCGUCCUUGACGCAGAUUGGCGGCUCAGCUUCCGAUGCCUCUCUCGAAUCGUCGAUUGCGGACAAGGUCAUUUCCAACCCCCAAUUGCACGACAAUAAUUGCCACGCGGUUUGCGACAGCUCUCAAUCCCGCCAGCAAUAUGUACAGCCCGGGGAUAUCUCGAAAGCGCCAUCUCCAAGAAUAAUAAUGAGAGCACGGAGGAGCCCGAAAUCCAACGCUAAUCGUGAAAACCAUUCCGCGAGUGCUCCUGCCGCCAUGAGCUUGAAUAUCGCUAGCAAUGCCAAUGGAUCGAGCAGAGCCCGCAACGAAAUGUUUGACAGCUCGCCAACAGACGUUUUGGAUUGUGAGGUCACUGGCACUGGCCCGAUUCUUUGUACGUCAGCCGAGACAACUGUUGGAAGUCAACCUACCAACAAGGACUCAGCUCAGGAGGAGCAAAUCUUCGACCAAUCUCUUCCCGUGUCUCCAAGCAAGAGUCUGAGUGAGCAGGCCAUGCUUGACUUUCUCUCAAAGAUGCCUAAGAACAUCAUUGAGACAUUCAUGAAGUCUCAGAUGGAAUGGCCUCUUCAAAGAUCUACACCGACGACAAACGGCAGUGCUGACGGCCAGCAUCGGUGUUCGGACUCCAGCUGUGGCAAAGUGUUCAAGCGCAAGUGUGAACUUAAGAAGCACAUGAAGCGUCACGAAAAGCCAUAUGGAUGCACAUUCGCCGGCUGUAAGAAGAAGUUUGGCAGCAAGAAUGACUGGAAACGUCACGAGAACAGCCAGCAUUUCCAGCUUGAGGUUUGGAAAUGUUCCGAGAAACGGCCCGAAAAUGACAAUGAGAGUUGCGGCAAGGUCUGUCAUCGCCGAGAAACCUUCCGAAGUCAUCUUCAAAAGGAACACAAGAUGGAUGACUCAUCCAAUAUUGAGAAGGUUCUCGAAAAGUGUCGCGUUGGGCGAAAUGGAGAACCAAAGUUCUGGUGCGGCUUUUGCGUCGAGAUCUGCGAAAUCUCAAAGAAGGGCGCCAACGCCUGGGCCGAGAAAUUCGAUCAUAUCGACAACCACUACGCUGGGCGUAGCGGCUACACCAAGAAGGACCACUCCCAAUGGGUGGCUGUCGAUACCGACUUACCAGAUGUCGACCUCACUGGGUCUUCGGAUGACUUGAGCGACGUAGACUCAGCUGAUGAGAACGUAAUCGUUUCCGGCUCGCGGAAGUUGACGAACAAUGGCAGGGGUGUCAAUGGUCAGUCAAGAAAGAGAGGCCUGGACGACGGCGCCGAACAGCCUGGCCACAAGCGGAUGAGGACAUACAUGUGGGAAUGCUGCUCGUGUAGCUGGGAUGCAGACUAUAAAUUGCAUUCGGCCUGCGUGAACUGCUUUCACCACCGUUGCAAACAAUGCAGUGGGAAGUGGGUUCAGGUUCAGGAAGACAGGGACGCCAACAGCACCGGCGACAACUCGAAUUAG